AUGGCCCUGGUGGAGUGCCAACCUGGUCCUGCCGUUUUGACCAAGACUGUUAAGCGUACUCUCCACGACCGUCAGAGUCUCCAAAGUGGAAAGCGGCCUGGGAGGUCAUCAUCAGAAGGCCCUCCUAGUUAUACCAUGUGCGAUCGCGCACCGCAGGGAUUGGCAGGCAUGUCAAUCCACAACCUGUCACGACGUAUCAGGAAGCCCAUCCCUCCCUACAAGACAUGUUGUCUGGGACAAACGAAUCGACAGAAGAGAAUCGGAAACUACACUCCAAUUCGCCCGCCUACGCGACCAAUGCACACUAUCGCCAUGGACUUUAGAAACGACGCACAACUCAACAGCUGCAACAUGUUGUUUACCGUGGCGUAG